AUGGCGACAAACUUUGACAUGAACAACAUGACCGUUGAACAACUUAUGGCACUUAGCGAGAUAGUUGAUGAUAGCGAUUAUGAGGGAAAUUUCGAGGAUGAAGUCGAGAGAAUAUCUGAGGACAAAUUCUAUCGAGUUGCACCUAAGGAUAAGGGCAAAGAUCCCUUUGAAGGAGAAAGACAAUUCAUAGAUGAAGGUGACCGUUCUACCGACCCAAAGAGACCAAGAAGACGCCCACUAAAUGAGAAGGUUGAGAGAGGUAUAAUGCCAACAUGGAAAUAUUCCGAGAGACAGAAGGCAAAGGCUUUACUAGUCGAGGAGGCAUACCAGAGCUUACUUAGUAGAGGAGUUGACGGCCUGCCACCAACAAUGGGAGGUAGAUGGAGAACGGAUGAUCCUCAGGUAAAUGCGGAGAUGAAGAGGUUAGAGAACCUUAGGAACCCCAAGCGUCCAAGAGGCAGACCACCAAAGGCUAAGGCUGACGGUGUUGCUAAGGCUCCCAGAGGACGACCGCAAAAGGUUAAGUCCGACGCUGAGGUUGUGAUUCCAAAGAGACGUGGAAGACCACCAAAGGCUAAGUCUGACGCUGAAGUUGUAAUUCCAAAGAGACGUGGAAGACCACCAAAGGUUAAGGUAUCUGAAACAAUAAAACCUAAGGUUAAAAGACAGACUGUUGCGGAGAGGUUCAUAAGUCAAAACCGAAUAAAACUCUCAGUUCCCGCGGAUAGCGUGAUAACUCAGGUGGGACCAAAUAAGUUCACGGUGACUGUGGAUCUUAGUAAGAAACCGACAAGGAAAGCUCCUGAGGUGCCGAAGGGUGUGGCUUCAUGGAAACCUACUCCUAAGCCGAGAACUGUAAUUCCCAGGGAAAGACCAAUUCCCAAACCUAGAACUGUAAUUCCUAGGGAAAGACCAGUUCCCAAACCCAGGACCAAAAAGACCGUGCCUCCUCUAAAGUUAAGGAAGCCUGCAAAGGUAAUGAAGGAAGUUGGGGAACAGCCUGUAGUGGUCGCACCAGAGGAACACGAAAUUGAUCCAUUUGGAACAUACCUUGAGAAGCCAUCCUAUAGGAAAAUAGAAACUGCCGCAAAUGGUGCAGCUGUGACUUACUCGAUAACUCCAAAUUAUAUGGAUCCCCUGGACCAGAUGACUGCAAGUAGGCAGGUGGUGAGGGGAAUAUUAGUGAACGAGUUGAAGAGAAUGGGAGGUCUAAAAUAUACGGAAACAAUUAAGGUAAGAAUGUCAAAGGAAAUUGGAAAUAACAAAACUAAGAAGGAUUCAAUAUACUUCAAAUCAAAAACAGGAACUGCAACCAACUUUGAGGAUAUCGAAAGCACUGCAGCUCAAAACCAACUGACCAUUUUAUCCAGAAUUGAAACCUUCCAGAACUUAGGUUCAAAUUGGAUUAUUCUGAACAUUGAAAGUCAUUAUGUUAAUAUUGCAAUGUACAAACCUCUAAAGGGUAGUUCAUAUAUGAAAUUACCUGCAGACAUUAGCAAUCCAAAAUGUGGACUUAUAAAUAUGCAAAAUGAUGACAAUAAAUGCUUCAUGUGGAGUCAUUUAAGACACGUAAGACCAAGAGCAAGAAGGGCAACAACAAUAACAAAGCAGGAUAGGGAGUUCGCGGUGAACCUGGACUAUGAAGGUAUUGACUUCCCUGUAAAGAUAAGCGACAUUGAUAAAAUUGAGAGAAAGAACUCAAUAAGCAUUUCAGUGUUCGGUUAUAAGGGCAAAAAGCAGUUCUACCCAAUCAGGAACUCUAAGACAAAAUAUGACGAACAUAUGGAGUUGCUGCUGUUAGGCGACAACAAUGGUGGUAAUCAUUAUGUUCUAAUAAAAGAUGUAAAUAGAAUGCUCUUCAGUGUUAGCGGUAACUCGAACAAGAAACACUUCUGCUUAUAUUGCCUCCAUAGUUGCGUUAGUGAAGAAUCGUUGAAGAAACAUAGUGAGACAUGUAUAAGUGUAAAUGGAACUCAGGCCACGAAGCUUCCAGACGAAGGUUCAAAAAUAAAGUUCGGUCACUAUAGAAAUUCAAUGCCUGCCCCAUUUGUAAUCUAUGCUGACUUUGAGUCUAUGCUUGUUCCUGAGGAAAGAAAAGUGGAAUCUGAAGGCACUGAGGAGAAGAGUUCAACAGAGCUUUACCAGACACACAAAGCUUGCAGUUUUGGGUUGAAAACAGUGUGUCAUUAUGAUGAUCAGUACUCAGGUGAAUGUAUGAGUUACGUUGGUGAAGACGCUACACUGGUCUUCUUGAAGACAGUUCUAAAGGAAUCUAUCAGGUGCCGGGAAAUGGUGAAUAAGAUCUUCAAGAAAAAGAUGGUAAUUACCCCAGAACAAGAAGCUGAAUUCUGGAUGACAAGAAACUGCUCCAUCUGCGGCUGUGACUUAGGUGAUGACAGAGUCAGGGACCAUGAUCAUGUAACUGGACUGUUCCGUGGAGCUGCUCAUAAUAUGUGCAACUUGAAAUACAGAAUUACAUGGAAAGUUCCCGUGGUCUUCCAUAAUCUAAGAGGUUACGAUAGCCAUCUAAUAAUGCAGGAGAUUGGUAAGUUUAAGAUGAACAUUAACGUGGUUCCAAAUAACAUGGAAAAAUACAUUUCCUUCUCACUUGGUAAAAGUCUUGUGUUCAUUGACUCAAUACAAUUCAUGGCUUCUUCCCUGGAAGCACUUGUGAGUAACCUUUCACCUGAAGACUUCAAGAUAGUCGGUCAGCGGUGGCAAGGUGAGGACUUCGAUCUUGUGAGACAGAAAGGUAUAUUUCCAUAUGAAUACUUGGAUGACAUAAGCAAGCUUGACACUGAGGGACUUCCAAGUAAAGACAAAUUCUACUCAUCUCUAUACGAGUCUGAAGUGAAAGAAGAAGAUUACCAGAGAGCUCUAAAAGUUUGGGAUCACUUUAAGAUGAAAACGAUGCGGGACUACCACGAUCUCUACCUGGAGACUGACGUUCUUCUUCUAGCAGAUGUUUUCGAGAAUUUCAGAAAGACCUGCCUGGAAAAUUACAAGCUUGACCCUGCUCACUACAUCUCAGCACCUAGUCUAAGUUGGGACGCAUUCCUAAAACAGUCAGGUGAGGAAAUAGAAUUGGUAAGCGAUAUGGAUAUGUUCCAGUUCUUUGAGAAGGGAAUGGGAGGUGGGGUAAGUCAUAUUGCUCAUAGACACUCCACAGCGAAUAAUAAGUAUAUGGAAACGUACGACAAAGACGCUGAAAACAAGUUCCUUAUGUACCUCGAUGCCAACAAUUUAUAUGGCUGGGCGAUGUCUCAACCUCUGCCUAAUGGAGAGUUUGAGUGGAUCGAGGAAGUUGACAAAAUAAAUAUUGAUGACUACUUAGGAGACAGUGGAAGGGGUAUGGUUCUUGAGGUUGAUAUGGAAUAUCCAGAAGAACUUCACGACCUACAUAACGGUUAUCCUCUUGCUCCAGAAAGUAAGGAGAUUGAUGUGUCAAUGUUAUCAGAUUAUGCUAAGGAUAUUGCUGAUAAAUUCCAGCUGACAAUUGGAGGUGUAAGAAAACUGGUGAACUCCUUAGGUCCCAGGAAGAAUUACGUUCUACAUGUUAGGAAUCUGAAACUCUACAUGGAACUCGGAAUGAAACUUACAAAGGUUCAUAGAGCAGUCUCCUUCAAGCAGUCAACUUGGCUGAAAAAAUAUAUUGACUUUAAUACUCAAAAACGAUCGGCUGCUAAGAAUGCGUUCGAGAAAAACUUCUUCAAGCUCAUGAAUAAUUCCAUUUAUGGAAAGACUAUGGAGAACUUGAGGAAGAGAGUUGAUGUGAAGUUGGUGUCGUCGGAAAACGAUCUCCUUAAACUAACUACGUCUCCAUGCUUCCAGUCACAUAGAAUUAUGAAUGAGAGCCUGAUCGUGGUAAAGAGAUUGAAGGAAGUCCUGACUCUGAACAAGCCGUGUUAUGUGGGAAUGAGUAUCCUAGAUUUAUCCAAGACUCUAAUGUAUGACUUCCACUACAACAUGAUCAAGAAAGAAUAUGGUGACAAGUCAAAGCUCCUCUUCACGGACACUGACAGUCUCAUGUACGAGAUCAAGACUGAUGACGUGUACGAGGACUUCAAGAGGAUCGGUGAAGAGAAAGAUUGUUGGGACAACUCAGAUUAUCCAAAAGAUUCCCCGUAUUACUCAGCUCAUAAUAAGAAGGUAAUUGGAAAGUUUAAGGAUGAAGCUGAAGGAGUACCAGUGAUUGAAUUCGUAGGGUUAAGGUCAAAGAUGUACUCUUAUGUGAAGGAGAGUGGUGGAGGUGGAAUGACAGCUAAAGGUGUGAAGAAGUAUGUGAUCAGGAAUAAACUCACUCACGAAAACUUCAAGAACGUAAUUAAGACUAAAGGUAGAAUGAGACAUAAGAUGAACACAAUCAGAAGCAUCAAACAUAAAAUUGGAACUUACCAGCUAAAGAAAAUCACACUCAGCUGUUUCGAUGACAAGAGAUACCUACUUGAAGAUGGUGUUACAAGUUACGCGUACGGGCACCACUCAAUAGGAGAUCUAAAGGCUGAGGUGGUGAUUGAAGAAAAAGUGGAACCAAGCUGGGUACCAGAAAGGGUUGAAACUCAGAGUGAAUACUGUAGACUCGAGGAAGCAGUAGAACUUUACGAAGGCCCUCCUUGGGAAGACUUAGGACCACGGGAAGAAAAACAUAUUCCCAGACCAGAAUACAAAGUUGUGAUUCCACGGAAGAGAUACAAGUUUAAGAAACGGACACUGUUGAGGGUAGUUGUAACUGAUGAGAAUCAUCUAAGGAAAAACUAUGACAUACUACUGAAAGAUGAAAAGGAAUAUCUAAAAGUGGUGCUGCAAGAGAAAUUUAGAUCAUUGGGUAUCGCUACGGUUAUAACCCCUGGAAGCAAUAAGAUUACCCUAAUUGGAUACUAGGAGAAAUAGAGAAUUGGAGAUUGGAUGGAAGUCGACUGAAAAUAAUAGAAAAAAAAUGAGGUAAAAAAGACCAGAAAAAAUGGUCUAGAAAAAUAUGAGCCCGCGUUUCUGGGGGAAAAUAUGGAAACCGCUAACCGGAAGUUGGGUGAGAUCGCGGGCCGAAAAAGUGGUCUAGAACCCUCAUUCCCUAUACUACUCAUUGCUUCCAUUCAUCUCAACGCAUCGUUUUCAACGGCCAUCGUUUUCAUCAAUGGCCAUCGUUUUCAACAAGACAACAAUCCGAAGCAUACGAGCAACCUAGCGAAAUCCUUCUUUGAGGAAGAAGCGGUAAAUUGGUGGAAAACACCGCCAGAGAGUCCAGACCUCAACCCCAUCGAACUUGUGUGGCAUGAACUUAAGCAUCAUCUGAGAACAAUUGUCAAACCAAGAACGAAGGAUGCUUUAGUUGACGGCAUUACCCAAUUUUGGGCUGAAGUAAUGACUGUUGAAAAAUGCAAAAGAUACAUUAAUCAUGUAAAAAAAGUUUUGCCAAUUGUAGUCGAACGUGAAGGACGUGCAUCAGGUUGUUAA